AUGGUGUUUUUGGAGCUUGAAAUGAAAGGAAAAGUGCCCUUCCAUCCUGACCAGCUUGAUUCCAGAGGUUGUCUUCUUCCCAGCAAAGCUGCAAACCUCCACCUUCUCGCCGGCCUCAUCGGCAAGAAAGCAUCGAAGAAACACGGCUACUAUGUCGCAGCCACCAUUCACGACUCCACGGAUGAAGGAGAAGCUGGCGAGCUUAACGGCGAAGCCAUCAUCUUCACAGUAUCCUUCAGCUGCACUGCCGUGAAACCCCGCAAGGGCGAGAUCUUAAUUGGCUUCGUGGACAGGGUUGUGAAGCACGGCAUAUUUCUCAAAGUUGAGCCGAUUGAAAGCAUUUUUCUCCCAGAAAAGAUGAUGGAAGACUACAAAUUUGUCAUGGAAGAAGAGGGAAUGUUUGUGAAUGAGUGUUUGGAGUCAAUAAUGGUGAAGGGAACUAAGGUGAGGUUUAGGGUUGAUGCAAUCAGGUGGAUUGAGUGGGAUAGAGAGUUUCAUGUAAUGGCAACAAUUAGAGGGGAUUUCCUUGGACCUAUAUCUAUUUAA